CCUGUCUCCCGCUAGAUGCUUUUAGACCCAAGCAGAGCUACGAUAGAGCGUGCUUUCCAUGCCGGAAAGAAAAGACCUGGGUUCUUUGAUACAAGUGACCGACUACUCAUUAAAGGUGGAAGAAUUAUCAAUGAUGACCACUCCUUCUAUGCAGACAUAUACCUAGAAGAUGGACUUAUAAAGCAAAUAGGAGAGAAUCUGAUUGUUCCUGGAGGAGUCAAGACCAUAGAGGCAAAUGGGCGCAUGGUCAUUCCUGGGGGAAUAGACGUCAACACUUACCUACAAAAGCCCUGCCAUGGGAUGACUGCAGUGGAUGACUUCUAUCAAGGCACAAAGGCAGCACUAGCAGGGGGCACCACCAUGAUCAUUGACCACGUGCUUCCAGAGCCUGGUUCGAGUUUACUGACCUCCUUUGAGAAGUGGCAUGAGGCAGCUGAUACCAAAUCUUGUUGUGAUUAUUCUCUGCAUGUGGACAUCACCAGCUGGUAUGAUGGGAUUCGAGAAGAGCUGGAAGUACUGGUGCAAGACAAAGGUGUGAACUCUUUUCAAGUCUACAUGGCGUACAAAGAUCUCUAUCAAAUGUCCGACAGCCAGCUUUAUGAAGCCUUUACCUUUCUAAAGAGCCUUGGAGCUGUUAUCCUGGUCCAUGCUGAAAAUGGAGACUUGAUAGCUCAGGAACAAAAACGUAUUCUGGAGAUGGGAAUAACUGGGCCUGAGGGACAUGCCCUGAGCAGGCCCGAAGAGCUUGAAGCAGAAGCAGUUUUCCGUGCCAUCACUAUUGCCAGUCGAAUAAACUGCCCAGUGUACAUCACCAAGGUGAUGAGCAAGAGUGCAGCUGAUAUCAUUGCACUGGCCAGAAAGAAAGGUCCUCUUGUUUUUGGAGAGCCGAUCACUGCCAGCUUGGGCACAGAUGGGACGCAUUACUGGAGCAAAAACUGGGCCAAGGCUGCAGCUUUUGUGACCUCACCACCUCUGAGCCCUGAUCCUACCACUCCAGAUCACUUAAAUUCACUCUUAGCAUGUGGGGACCUGCAGGUGACGGGAAGUGGACAUUGCCCAUAUAGCACUGCCCAGAAAGCCGUUGGAAAGGACAACUUCACUAUGAUUCCUGAAGGGGUCAAUGGAAUUGAGGAAAGGAUGACUGUUGUCUGGGACAAGGCUGUAGCCACGGGCAAGAUGGACGAGAGCCAGUUUGUAGCUGUCACCAGCACCAAUGCUGCCAAAAUCUUCAAUCUGUAUCCAAGAAAAGGCCGGAUUGCUGUAGGAUCGGAUGCUGAUGUUGUUAUUUGGGACCCUGAUAAGGUGAAGACUAUAACAGCCAAAAGCCAUAAAUCGGCCAUUGAGUACAACAUCUUUGAAGGAAUGGAGUGCCAUGGUGCCCCACUCGUGGUCAUAAGCCAAGGGAAGAUUGUGUAUGAAGAUGGAAACCUGCACGUAAAUAAGGGAAUGGGCCGCUUCAUCCCUCGCAAACCUUUCCCUGAAUAUCUUUACCAGCGCAUCAAAAUCAGGAAUAAGGUGGGAGGACUGCAAGGAGUCUCCAGAGGAAUGUAUGAUGGGCCUGUGUAUGAAAUCCCAGCUACGCCAAAAUAUGCAACUCCUGCACCCUCAACUAAAUCCUCCCCUGCCAAAAACCAGCCCCCACCAAUCAGAAACCUCCAUCAAUCCAAUUUCAGCUUAUCAGGAGCUCAGAUUGAUGACAACAACCCGCGUCGUACUGGCCACCGCAUCGUGGCACCUCCUGGUGGUCGCUCUAAUAUUACCAGCCUUGGCUGAAAACUGAUGAUGGACAGAAACACGAGGAUGAAGGAUUAUGGGAAUAAUGUCCAUUCCCUUCAAUAUCUGUGUUAUUGAGCCCACAGUUUUAUUUGGUACUAAUGGAAAUAAAAACAAAAAUGUCUUUCUUUUUUUUUUUUUUUUUGUAUAGAAGAGGUGAUAAUAGUGUGGUGUGUUUGCUUGGAACUACUUGCCUCACAAUUGUGCUUUCAUGCCAUAGUCACCUUAAAGCAUGGUGCUUCCAUUGCCCCUUUAGUGACUACAGGUUUUAGCUUUGUCUUGUAACUGAAUGAUGGUUCCUUUGCACCCUUUCGCUGUAUUAGAGUAGUUAGUGCAUGUUACUGAGUUAUUUAUGCAAGUUGCAUUCUGUGAGUGAGUCCCUUUUAGAACACGUUGCCAACAAUUGACUAGACACAAUGCCAAGAUUAAUGUCUGUAUUUGAGAAACACCACCAAAAACACUUAUGAAGGAAGAAAAUGGCCAUCUUGAAAGUAAGCAGUAGAGUAGUAUAGGCAGCUUCUGUUUAAUCUUUAAUUUAUUAUAAACCCAAGAAGCACUUCUCUCAGACACAGAAGAUCAUCGGGACACGUAAUGACAAAUGGUCUCCGUAGCACCUGUCUGUUCCCACUCGGUACAUUCCAAGUCUGUGUCCUUCUUGUUUCCAUUUUAGACAGAGCCAUAAUUUUUACAUACCAAUGCCAUUGCCACCCCUGCAGGGAUUUCUCCACCUGGGCAGUAGUGCUCUCCUUCUGCAUGAGAUUUUUGGUACUUACAGAUAAUCCAAGUUGCCGUCGGAUUUUUAAAGUUUUUUGUACAAACUUUUUCCUUUGUAAUCACAUGCAUUUUUACUUACUCUACCGUAUCAAGAUCUACUAGUUGUGGUUCAAUUUCUGAAUUCAAAGCUUGUGAAAUAAAAGAAAUUAAUUGAU